CUCCUCCUCCUCCUCGCGGCAGGGUGGAGCUGCUUCUACCUGGACAGGGGAGUAAAUCAAACAUGGCGGUAUAGUCGGACUUUAGUUCACGUUUAUCGACACUUCGCAGUAUGAGCCAACCGCCCCGAUCAAACCGGGGACACCGGGAGAGAAACGGAGACCAUCGGGAGAGAAACGGGGACCAUCGGGACCACCGGAACUACCGGGACUCCCACGAUGACAGGUCUGCUUCCUCUCGUCCCCCGUACCUCCCCAGAGAAGCUGACUCCCCUCCCAAACAUGUGCAAAGGGAAGAGCCUCGAGUGGAGCGCCAUCAGUCCACAUGCACUAAUAUUUGCUCCCGGAGAGGCAUCGUGCUGAUCUGCGCUGUGAUGACCAACAGCCUGGUCCUGAUCUGCGUGGUCGCGGCUCAGAUGGUGUCAUCAGGCAUGUCCUCCAUGGGCGGGUUGGGCGGCUUCGACAUCAACUCCAACUUUAACCUGCAGGGCACCGAGCUGCAGAAGGUACGGGAGCUGGACAUGCAGUACAGCCAGAUGAGGGCGCCGGGGAUCUACGGCGGCAUCGCCUUCAGUCUGACCUUCGGGGUCCUCUCGCUGCUGUUUGUGGUCGCGGGGAACAAACCGCCACACCUGAUGUCCCGGAAGCUUCUGUACGGAGCGCUGGUGUUCCAGGCGGUGGGAGCUGUGGUGUACGUGGUGGCCGUGGGGCUUUACCUUCACUUCAUCAUCAAGGUGAACUCCACAGACGUGUGUCAGCAGCGUGAGAGGCUGUACGCCCGCAACGGCUACACCUGGAUGAACUGUGACGUGAGCGGGGCGGACGCGGCCGUGGCUCUGUUCGGGCUCAUCACGACCAUCCUGUACAUCGCCGGCACGGUGCUCACCUUCAGGACGAUCCAGAGAGUGAGACGCUACCUGCAGGAGCGGAAACGCAGAGAAGCAGAGAAACAGCAGGCCCGAGCCAACGCCUCAGGCCCCAGGGCGCCGCUGAGGGCCGAAACCACCUCCGUGUGAGGGGGGUCACAGGACAAACAUCUGGGGGUCUGAGUCACACGUCACAUCAGCGGGUUGACUGAAGGUUUAUCAUGAAGUUGGCUUACUUUUCACCAUGGACUGUAUUAGCGCUGCACAGCUAACCUGCUCUGAGGCAUCAGAUCACCCACUGACCAAUCAGAUCACUCUAAAAAUUAGGGCCUCACUCCCACAGGAUCCUGACACAGAUCAAGAGUUUACAUUCAUGUGAUAAGUGAAGAUUUGUAUAGGUUUUACAUGAUACAGAACUCUGAAAAGGUUACAUUGGGAUUUUCCUCCGGAAUUACUUUUACGUUCCCUCAUGUUGUGCUUUGCAUUUGCCCUCUGUCUCAGUCCUCAGUCCUGACAAUUGUGAUAUUUUAUUGCAUAAUAGAGGAUGGUUUGCUGUUCAAGUUUUGCCAGAUUGGAUAAAAACCCUGACCUGUGCUUCACUAAGGAAGGAAAAGGAGGAAAAAUAGCCCAAGAAGGACAUGCUGAGAAGUGACAGAUGGCUGUGAAAAGCCUCAAAAGUGCAAAAAAACAACAACAAUAUCCUUAUAUCAAUAUCCAACAUACAGUACAGGC